UCCUUCAAUGCCAACCUCGGUGUCCUGCACCGACAUGGUUAUUUAAACCUGUCGCCCAACUCGGUGCUAUGCAUGGCCUCGGUAGUAGCGCUGUUUGAGCUCGUCUUUUAAACUGUUAUUUUUCACGUAAAAAAAUUCUGAUUGUAUAUAAUUGAAGAGGAAAUUUCAAGCUAUCAUUUCGUAUAGUCGUCGUCCCACUUUGAACUUCGCGCGGUAUUUUUAUUACAGUUGAAUUCUUUGAAGAAGUUUUGUAACUCUCCGAGUACAGCGCUCUAUUUCCGUCUAUAUGUUUCCAUCUCUGGGAAUACUAACGAAGUAAUUGAAAUGUUGGUUCAUAUGAGCAGUCGAGACCUUUCAACGAGACUUUGUUUAGUGCUGCUACUUCAUUAGAAUUUCGAACCACUAGUAACUGUGGACCACGUGUUCUUUUAUGAGGCGCAGUGUUGACAUCUGAAAGAAGUUUAUUAUGACUGGCUGUGUGCUCUACUCUAAACAGUUCGCUAUAGGCAUUCCCUUUGUUCUAUAAAUAGAAUCAGGCAGUUUGACCUUAGCCAUGGCCAGCACAAGUAGGAGCCGAUCAGCUGCGUUGCAUGACGAAGAAUUAGAACUUCUUCUUCACACCAGUUCGGAGGAAGAAAUUUCGGCUUCAGAGUCGGAACGUGACACAGAUGUCGACUUAGACGAUCGCGCGUUGCUUGACAGUGUGAUACACGAUGUCAGUGACGACGAUGAAGUUUCUACGCAAGCUUUCGUUUGGGAGAGUAUGGGAAAUUAUCAAGGACAACGUGAACAUUUCACGGGUAGUUUUGGACCGCAAGGUGGCGCACUAAAUGUGGUCGAAAUUGUGGACGUAUUCGAAUUAUUUUUUGAUAAACAGAUGGUGAACCAAAUUGUUACCGAAACAAACAGAUAUGCAGAGCAAUUCCUACGCGGGCGUGAUCUGCCUGUGAGAUCGCCGGCUAGGGCAUGGAAGCCUGUGACGGAGGGAGAGAUUUAUGUUCUACUGGGUCUGUUUAUGCUAAUGGGAAUUAUUCAGAAACCUACCCUUAGAUCAUACUUUUCAACAAGACGAAUAAUGUCCACACCAGGAUUUAGAGACAUUAUUAGUCGGAACAGAUUAGAACUAAUCUGUAAAUUUCUGCAUUUCGUUGACAACGAAACCAUGAGCACUUAUCAAGGCCCACAAAAACUUUUCAAAAUUUUCCCGUUAAUUUCACAUCUGAACAAAAAAUUCCAGGAAAUCUAUCUUCCAAGCCAAAAUAUUUCAGUUGAUGAAUCAUUAACACUUUGGAAAGGCCGUCUGUCUUUCAAACAAUACCUCCCUCUCAAGGCUUCCAAGUUUGGAAUAAAAACUUAUGAACUCUGUGACUCCGCCACGGGCUAUUUAUGGUCCUUCCUGGUAUAUACAGGAAAAGAUACAAAACUGGACUCCCCAUUGCUCACACCUGAAAUGAACAAACCAACAUCUAUUGUUCUCCAACUCGUAGAACCUCUGCUGAAACAAGGCCGGACUGUCUGGAUGGACAAUUAUUAUAAUUCACCAUUUCUAGCCAGAACGCUGAAAAUCACAUACAAGACCGACUGUGUUGGGACGCUCAAUUUGAACCGCAAGAAUGUGCCACCGCAAGUGAAAAACACAAAACUUAAAAAAGGCGAAAUCGUGGCACAGCAUUGUGGACCUGUCUCCAUCACAAAAUGGCACGACAAAAAAAACGUGACUAUGAUCUCCACCUAUCAUAGUCACGACACCAGGACUGUGACAAUCAGAGGCAAAGAAGUGGUGAAGCCUGUUUCAGUGUUGGACUACAAUAAAUCAAUGAUAGGUGUUGAUUUGAAGGACCAACUCCUCCACUCCUAUUUGAUUGAGAGGAAAAAAAUGAACAAGUGGUACAUGAAGCUAUUUCGCAGGCUCCUGAACACCUCAGUUCUGAAUGCGCUGAUAAUAUAUAAGAGUAACACAGGAAAAAAUAUAGAUCAGUUGUCAUUCAGAAUUGAGUUGGUUGAGGGACUUUUCUUGAAAUACGCGAGUGCCGUUGAACAUAAAGUGCCGGGUCGACAUGCGUCGGACAACAGUGUGCCCCGUUUGACAGANAUCUUAUAA